AUGUUUGUACCAUCAUUGACUCAGUGGCCCUUACAGCGAAGCAUUUAUACAAUUCAACCUGGAGCGAAGAUUUCCGUUCAUAAUCCAACAUUAUCAACGACAGUCAACACUAUGAUGUCUCAAAAUCAUGAUAGUGUACAAGUUCUUAAUAAUUCAAUAUCAUCUUCUGUAUUAACAAAUCAUAAUAGGUUCACAUCACGAUCAUUUCAUUCAUUAGAUAAUCAAAAUCAUUUACCUCUUAUUCAUAAUAACAAUAACAAUAGUAAUACUAACAACACAUGUCAAAAUGUAUCAUUAGAUGAUAGUCUAACAAAUUUAUCUUGGUUACAUGAUAUGAAUAUUUUAAAACGAACUAUGCCAACAAUACAAACACCUACAAAAUUAACUAAUGAUAAAGAUAUAUCGUCUACUCAACAAUUGAAACGUAAAGAUUCACCAUUAUUGUCAUCAGCGACUUGUACAGAAGAUGAUAAAAGUUUAAUUGCCGAUGAAUUAUUAUCAUUGGCUGAUACAACGACAAUGACUGAUUUAUCAAAUUUGCCUGACUGGCGUACAUAUCGAAUAAAUCCAAAUGCAAAACCACCAUAUUCUUAUUCACAAUUAAUUGUUCUUGCAAUGCAACAUAGUAAUGCUGAUAAAAUGACAUUACAAAUGAUAUAUGAAUGGAUAACAGAAAAUUUUCCAUAUUUCAAAAAAAUUGAGUCAACAUGGCAGAAUUCCAUUCGCCAUAAUCUUUCACUGAAUAAAUGUUUUAUGAAAGUGGCUCGUACGAAAAAAGAACCCGGUAAAGGUGGGUUUUGGAAACUUUCGCCCGGAUAUGAACGACAAUUUGCUGAACAAAUGACUGGAAAUGGUGAUCAAAAACAAAUUGUAUCACAUACUCAACAGUCAUCUCAAAAUUCAACAACAACGACAACAAAACGUCGUCGUUCACGAUGUUCAAAUUUAGAUGAUGUUCUAUCUGAUAAUGUCACACCUAUAAUUAAGAAUCAAACAAAAUGUACAAAACUUGUUAAAUCUGAUACUUGGUAUGAUCCUGUUUUACCCUGUAUCAUACCAUCAAAAAUUUCUCCUUUGCAUUGCAAUACAAUCUCCACAGCUCAACAUCUUCGUCAACAAUAUCAUCAACAGUCAUCAAAAUCAUUAUUACCUACAAGUGUAUUAUCACCAGUAUCGUCACCAGAUUCAGGUAUAUCAUCACCAUUUGCAACGUAUAUUCAGAAACAACUAUCAUUUGAUUCAAUAGAUAAUUUAACAACACAUCAGCAGAAUAAUAAUUUUCGAUCAAUUUUAACUCCAUCACCAUCUACAUCACCCUCAUCCAUGUCAUCAAUAUCAACUAAUAAUCAACAAUAUAAUAUAAGAAAAAGUGAAAAUAAAAUGUGUGAAAAAUCAUUUGAAGAAUUAUUAUUGUUAGAAUCAGAUGAUAUAGAUUGGGAUCAAUAUUUAAGAGAAACGGCUACUGAAAUGGAUGACAAUGAAAAUUGUUGUGCUUUAUUAUCAACAGAAUCGGCAAAUGAAUUAUUUAAUGAUUUUAGUACAACUGUAGCUCAAUUAGAUAUUGAUAUCAAUGGUGGAAAUGGAGACAUGGGACAUAAUGUAAUUAAUAUUAAUACCUGUUUAUCAGCACAUGUUUUUGAUAAUUUUGAAUGUUUAAUGCAAACAACAGCACAAGAUGUUGAAUCAAUAGCUAAUUUAUAUAAUGCUCAAAAUUUUGAUUUAUUAUUUGAUCAAGACAACGAACUUGAUGGCGACAACAACUCGUUCAUAGAUGUCACAACAACAACUACAACAGGACCAUCUCCUUCCUCUAAUAACAGUAAAUCAGUAAAAACACCGAAUUUAACUAUAAAAGGUUGUGGUAUAAAAAGGCCGUUAUGGUGGGAUAGUACACAAGAGACAACUAUAAUUAAUAAUAGUAAUGAUACUAGUGGUAGUUGUGCUAUGAAACUACCAUCAUUAGAAACAGCAUUUGAUAUUAAAUUAAACAAAUAG